AUGGCUAUGGUAACCGAUGCUCAGUUUGAACACUAUCACGCACCGAAUAACAUUGGGGUUCAAGAGACAACUCCCCGUAUCUCUUGGAAGAUUCAGAAUGCAGCGUCUGAUUUCACCCAGCGAUCAUACGAAGUCGAGCUGUCAGAACAUGUAGCGACUAUCCAGACACCUCGAGUGACGACAGUCAAAAUCGUCUCGGCUCAGCGCUUCCUUGUCCCUUGGCCCUUUUCGAAGCCGUUGCAGUCUCGACAAAAGGUCUCUGUCCGCGUCAGAAUCUGGGACCAGGAAGGGAAUUGUACCGACUGGAGUGAAGCAUGUCAUCUUGAAGUUGGUCUCCUCGACCGCGCAGACUGGCACUGCGAGCGUAUUGCUGCACCUUGGGGCCCUGGGACGUCCGCGCCGGAUCCCGAACAACUGUUCCGCAAAGAGUUCGCUAUUGAAGGGCGCGUAGCUCAAGCUCGCCUGUACAUCACUGCUCAAGGAGUUUACGAAGCAGAGAUCAAUGGCCGGAGAGUCGGUGAUUAUUUCAUGGCUCCUGGUUGGACCUCAUACGACGGAAGACUGCAAUAUCAGACCUACGAUGUCACUAAUCUACUGAACGUCAGUAGUUCAGAAAACUGCAUGGGGGUCAGAGUUGCAGAAGGGUGGUUUUCUGGCAGGAUUGGCUUCGAGGGUGGGCAUCGCAACAUCUGGGGCCCUCAUACAGCACUCGUUUCGCAGCUCGAGAUCACAUUUUCUGAUGGUCGCGUUGAGUACAUCGGCACCGAUGGCUCCUGGCGUGUCACUAGGGGCCCCAUUAGGCUUGCUGAGAUAUACGAUGGGGAGAAAUAUGAUGCGGCUUUGGAGAUCGAGAAAUGGUCCGACCCGAUAACUACUACAGACUUCGAUAUGUCCCGCUGGGAGCCUGUUCUUGUGUUGCCAUUCUUACCCGGGUCGACCAAAUUGGUCGCUGGAUUUGGCGAGCCCGUCAGAAGAGUUGAGGUUAUCAAGCCUGUGGAUCAAAUCACCACACCUACGGGGAAAACCAUUGUCGAUUUUGGCCAGAAUCUAGUUGGCUAUCUUAAGUUGACGAACAUCAGCGGCUCGCGAGGCCAUAUCAUCAAGCUCUCGCAUUCUGAAGUUCUGGAGCACGGAGAACUUGGAACUCGUCCAUUGAGGAUCUGCAAAGCUGUCGACGAGUAUAUCCUCAAGGGCAGCGCUGAGGUGGAACAGUAUGAGCCGCGGUUCACCUUUCACGGUUUCAGAUAUGCCCAAAUCGAUGAUUGGACCGGCGAUCACGAUGUCAUGACCUCUGUCGAGGCAGUUGUGUGCCAUACCGAUAUGAAAUCUGUUGGGUUGUUCUCGUGUUCCGAUGACAUGCUCAACAAGCUAUAUGAGAACAUUACCUGGGGCAUGCGCGGAAACUUCCUUUCAGUACCAACUGAUUGUCCACAGCGCGAUGAGCGGCUCGGCUGGUCUGGCGAUCUGGCCUUGUUUGCGCCCACUGCCUCUCUCAUUUACGACUGUUUUGGCAUGUUGAAGAAUUGGCUCAUCGACGUCGAGUAUGACCAAGGUGUCCUUGGCGGUGUUCCUCCAAUGGUGAGCCCUAAUGCAACAUUGCCGGAUCCGAUUUGGUGCAGGAGAGUUCCGUGUGCGAUAUGGCACGACGUGACUAUCCUCGGUCCAUGGGCACUGUACCAGGAGACUGGCGAUGAGACCAUCUUGGCACAGCAGUACAACAGUAUGUUGACCUGGAUGAGGGUGUUGCCCAGAAACAAGUCCGGAGCGACUCACCUGUGGGAUACUUCCGUGUUCCAACUUGGGGAUUGGCUUGAUCCAGCGGCACCUCCCGAUGCACCUUGGAAAUCGCCCACUGAUGCCAAGAUGGUUGCCAACAUGUUCUUGAUCCAAAGCCUGAAUCUCAUGGCCCGAAUUUCCGCAAUCUUGGGACGCAAAGACAAACAAGCCGAUUUUGAGAAAGAAGCCGACGCCGCGAAGACAGAGUUCCAUCUAGAGUACGUUACCCAGAAUGGCCGCAUCGUAUCAGAUACGCAAGCAGCAUACGCUCUGGCAAUUUGCCUUGACAUUCUCAACCCCCACCAACGAACCACGGCCGGAGCGAGACUUGUUGAACUUGUAAGGAAGAACAACUUCAAGAUUGCAACUGGCUUCGCGGGGACCCCAUAUCUCUGUGAAGCCCUAUUUUCUACAGGCCAUACCCAGGUCGCAUACAGCAUGCUGUUGGAGAAGGGAUGCCCUUCUUGGCUUUAUCCUAUCACCAUGGGUGCAACAACCGUUUGGGAGAGAUGGGAUUCCAUGUUGCCCGACGGGAGCAUUAACCCCGGCGAGAUGACAUCCUUCAAUCACUACGCCUUUGGGGCCAUCGCGAAGUUCCUCUAUGAGAGGGUGGCGGGACUCCAAAGGCUUGAACCGGGCUGGACUCGCUGUCGGGUGGCGCCGGUGCUCGGGGCCGAAUUCACCCAUGCAUCUGCUGCCCAUCUAAGUCGUCACGGUACCGUUUCUUGCUCAUGGCGUACUUUGAAAGGAAACGAUGAGACAGAGACGCUACAGCUAGAGGUUUCAGUUCCAUACGGUGUCACGGUUGAAGUGGUCCUUCCGGGAAUAGAAGAGGAUAAAACUGAGGUCGUCGGAGCCGGUGAGUGGAACUUUCGGGUUACGGUCAAAAGAGAUUACGAAUGGCCCGUUCUGCCUCUGAAGCCCAAGUCAUAG